UGCUUCCACCGAGUUAUAUCCUUGAUACUAAUAUACAUACAUAUCGCCAUAGUGCUUUAAAGUCCUAUAUAUUUAUAGAGGUUAAUUAAAUUGGCAUAUUUAACACGCGUUGUUAAACACACACCAACAGUAUCACUAUUUAACUAUUAAUUACACUGUAAUUUCCAGACAAGGUGUAGGUAGUUGUGUUUAUAAUUAAACUGGUGUACUUCGAUUUGAAUAAGUCGUGAUAUAUGUUGGUGUUGUAAGUAUGGAUAUUAUUGAAGACAACAAAACUGCUGUUUUCGAAGAGGGGAAAGAAGAUGCUCUACCCACAUCCAACGGGCGCGUAAAGCUGCACAACGCCCGCCUCAAAUCCAUCCAAGACGACCACCUUUACCAUAUCGCCCUCUCAACCGGAAGUGACGAUCUCAGGCGCCUCUUCGGAGAUGUCAAGGUUGUGUGUUUUGGCGGCCAAGCGACACGAAUGGAAAAGUUUGCGUGGUUUAUCGCGCGUGAAUUCGAUGUCAGCGACACGGUUCAUAACUUCGCUGCCGGCACGGACCGUUAUGCCGUGUACAAGGCCGGACCAGUUCUCUCCGUCAGCCACGGUAUCGGCAUCCCCUCACUGUCCAUCGUCUUUCAAGAGAUUGUGAAGCUGAUCUACUAUGCUGGUUGUGAAAACGUCACAUUCUUUCGCAUUGGCACGUGCGGUGGUAUAGGAUUGGAGCCCGGCACGGUGGUCAUCAGCGAGAAGGUUGUCAACGGCGUACUGGAACCAGUCUAUAAACAGUACAUCCUCGGGCGUGCGGUUGAACGGCCGGCGAAAGUGGACAGCGACCUUAUCCGCCAACUCCAUGCCUGUAGCCAAAACGAGGACAAGUUCAAAACCGUGCUAGGAACCACCCUGUGUGCCGAUGAUUUCUAUGAAGGUCAGGGACGGAUGGACGGGGCGUUCUGUGAACACGAGGAGGAGGAGAAGUUUCUAUGGUUACGGGAGAUAGCGGACCGCGGGGUGACCAACAUGGAAAUGGAGUCCCUUGGCUUCACGGCUCUCUGUGACCGCGCAAACAUACCAGGGGCAGUAUGCUGUGUAACGCUGGUCGACCGGUGCGAGGGAGACGGGAUCACCAACAACCUUCAGCUGUUACAGGAGUGGCAGACCUACCCACAGAUCCUCGUGGCCCGUUACAUCCGGAACCGCCUUGAUCUCUAGCCGCUUCCCUUCUCCGCUGAUCUACGUUGUCCGUGCCUGUCGAUCAAGCACUGCAAUGGCGUUUCACUCUUCAGGCGAACCGAUACAUGCCUCGUGUGCGCACCGCUAAAUGCCUCUUGUGAUUAAAUUAAACAUUCUUGUACAUAUUUUUGCCAGAAUUAUUGUGAUUUGCCAUUGAUGUGGGUUUGUUUUGAGAUAUAAUAUGUUGAAGACAUGUGUUUUUAUAGAACAAAGUGUUAUACAGACUGAGUAUGCAUUUAUUGUAUUUCCGUUUCAUUUUCUGUCUGCCCGUCGCUCGGCGGUCGCCUUUGGUCAAUUAUUCGCUGUGAUUUGUUUUCAUAGACUUUUGAAUUAUUAACCUAAAUAAUUUUCGUGUUUAAUCAUGACGUCAUAUCGUUACAUAUAUAUUUGUUCGUCACAACUAUCAACCAUUUUAAUGACUACAAGAACAUCUUCAAACAUCCCCGGUAUUCUGCAACCUUCUCAUCAUCAUUAUUUAUUUACCGUAGGGUGAUAAACUGGCAUAACCGCACUUUCCAAUCAAGUGCGUUAUUGGGGAUACUUUUUUAGGAAUUCAAGCAUUAACUUUUCAGAUUUCGCAGCAAGUAGAUAAGGUCCUUAUAGAUGUUGAACCUCUCUGUUGUAUUAAUAGUUAAGGAAAACAGAUAUGUGUAAGGUGCUAUCAUUUUUUACGACUAACAAGUGUUGUUUUUAUAUGUAUACAAGAAAUAUACGUCAGUAUAACUUUGUGGUAAAAAUAACCAUGUCCUGACCAUUGUAUGCAUAAUUUGUACAUAGAUUGCUAACAUUUUGAUCAUAAUAAACAUACAACUCAAAUAA